UUUAUAUUAGCAGGUUUCUUCAGUACUUCCUGCUAAACGGCGCUGGGUUGAGUGCAAAAAAUCAACCACAUCACUGCAUCAUUCUACGAUGAUUCGGUCGCCGAUCGUGCUUCACGAUGAACUCAUCGCCGAAAUACUUUCCAUUCUUCCCGUCAAAUCUCUUCUUCAAUUUAAGUGUGUCUGUAAGUCUUGGAAAACUCUCAUCUCCGAUUCCGCCUUCAUCAAAUUGCACCUCAAGAGAUCAGCAACACAAAUUCCGAUGUUUGCAAUAAUCUUGGAUCGCUUGAAGAUUACUCCAGGAGAGUCUCCCGACGGUAAUGACGAUGAAUAUGAAGAGAAUUUCAGUGUUUUUCCAUAUCCUACUCGUAGUUUACUCGAUAAUUCCUCAAUCACCCUUUUUGACGAUCCUUACUAUGACGUGGAAAACAAAGAGUGCUCUAAUGUAUUUGCUUCCUGUAAUGGAUUGUUUCUUUUGGCCAGUGUUAUCUUCACCGGUCCCCAUAAAAAGUACUCGUUUCAAUUGUGGAAUCCAGCCACCAAGACAAUAUCUAAAAAGUUUGGAUAUUUUUGUGCUAUUCAAUAUCAAAGUUUCACCUUUGGACUUGGAUUUGAUGAUUCAACAGACACUUAUAAAGUGGUGGUGGCGUCCCGUUACAUUGGUAAUCAACUGAAAUCUAAUGUGAGAGUUCUUAGCUUCGGUGAUGAUGUUUGGAGAAGCAUUGAAAGUUUUCCGGUUGUUCCUCUUCCUUUUGAACUCAAUAACUAUAAUAUCCAUGAUGGUGUGUAUGUUAGUGGUGCUGUUAACUGGUUGGCUAUUCGCAACAACAUUGACUACCAUAGUUGGAUUAAUAUGAAACUCACGGUUAAUAAGACUAUCAAAGUUGAACAUUUUGUUAUUGUUUCUCUUGAUUUGAGGACUGAGACUUAUAAUCAAUAUCUUUUGCCCCUUGAUUUUGACGAAGUGCCGUCAGCUCAACCAAUCAUUAGUGUUUUAGGGGGUUGCCUAUGUUUUUCUUAUUCUUAUAAGGAAACUGAUAUUGUUAUAUGGCAGAUGAAAAAAUUUGGAGUUGAAGAUUCUUGGACUCAAUUUCUUAAAGUUAGUUAUCAAAAUCUUCAAAUAGAUUAUGACUUGAGUGGCUAUAUGAAAUAUCAUUUUCAAUUGAUACCGUUGCUUCUUUUCGAAGAUUGUGAUACACUUAUGCUUAGGAGCUCUCAAAACUUUGAAGCAAUUCUCUAUAAUUGGAGGGAUAAUAGAGUAAAGCAAAUAAAAGUUACUACAACAACGAAAGAUUUUGAAUUUUGGGACCCUGUUAAUUAUGUUGAAAGUUUAGUUCGGAUUAAUUAA